AUGGGGGGCAAGAAAAUUGAGAAUACAAUGUCUCGUUUAUCUUCUAUUCUUGUGGUUUUUCUUUUAUGUGUCGCAUUUGUCUAUGCAGUUAAGUUUGUAGAUGUGAAUACUAUUUGCAAGAAAGCAAAAAAUCAUUCAUUUUGCUCAGCUCUUCUGAAUUCAAAUCCCAGUAAAAGUCGAGAUCUCGUUAGCCUUGCACUAUACACCAUCCAUGUGGGUCAUAUAAACGCGACCAACGCCCUCAAUCUAUCAGACACACUAGUCGCAAAAAGUAGCCAUGAUCUUGAGGCAUACACAUAUUAUUCAGUAUGUUCUAAUGAUUUUAAGGAAAUUGUCAAUAUCCUUAAGGUUGCUCAAGUUGACUUGAAGAGCAAAAACUACAAGUAUCUGUCUAUACAUGUGGAAAAUAUUAGAACUCAUGUUUCUAAUUGUAUUGACGCAAAAUAUCCUAUUGCUUACCCUGAUCCAUCUUUGCUUCCAAAAUAUGCAGCUAUUGUUGAUCAAGAUGCUCAAAUUUUUUCUAUCAUAGCAAAUUAUUUAGGACAAGCCUAA